AUGUUUUUUCUUCAAAAUUUAAAAAAAAUUACCCAUCCAAAAUAUUUAUGCACAACAAUUAGAAGAAAUGUGUACACAGAAUUAAAUAAAAUUGAUGAUUAUCUUAGUAAGGUUAAUGGGAAUAAAUUGGUUGUUGCUCAAUUUGGUGCUUCAUGGUGUGCCCCUUGUAAAAAAAUGAAACCAGUGAUUGAAAAGCUGGGAGAAGAUAACGAUAACAUUGAAUCUUUAUAUAUAGACAUUGACGAAUUUCCAGAACUAGGUGAAAAUGAAGAUAUUAAUGAAUUACCUACAAUUUUGUUGAGAAAAAAUGGGAAAUAUUUGGACAAGAUUAUAGGGAUGAAUGAGAGUGAUUUAAUAAAAGCCGUUGAAAAACAUCAAAGUGGUUGA